AUUUGACUGAUUAUUCUGGACCCAAGCAUUUAAAUGUAAUAUGCAAAAGCACACAUAUAUGCAUAAACAGUUGUGACCAGGAGUAAAUUAACUCUAUAUACUAUAAAAUGUAGUUGCUGAUAUUCUCAUAGACUGUAACAUGUGACUUUGAGGAACUGACAUUCAGCCAUUUAUAGCAGUUUGAAGACUUCAGGAAAUGUUAUCGUGGUCAGAGAAGUUCAUCCAUUAGACUCAGUAUCUACAGUGUAAAGAUACUGAAAGCAUCAGGAGAUUUUUAGUACAUUAAUGACACAUUUUGGAUCUGUGAAGUGUUUUUAUCUCCUACUGUUGAAAAAUGUUUCACACGUUCAUUUUCUUCUGUUUGUGGCAUGCGAUUGAUGGAGUAAAGAUAGUGUCAGUGACAGAGGGAGAUUCUGUCACUCUACACACUGAUGUUAUUGAUACUGAGAUACCAAGAAUAUGGUACGGACCUGAAAAUACUCACAUAGUCCUUCUGCAUGAUGAGGGGACAUAUCAUAUUGUGGAUUAUAAUGAUGAGAUAUUCAGAGACAGACUACAGAUUGACAAUCAGACUGGAUCUCUGACCAUCAGGAACAUCAGAACCACAGACUCUGGACUUUAUCAACUGAUUAGUCGAUUUUUAGGAGAAGAAUUAUUCAACGUUACAGUCUAUGGUGAGUAGUUGAAACCUCGUCUUCCCAUUCCGGUCAUCACCAGAUACUCUACAUGUUCUUCAUCAUCAGAGUCCAGAUGUGUCUUGCUGUGUUCAGUGUUGAAUAUGGAGUAAAGAUAGUGUCAGUGACAGAGGGAGAUUCUGUCACUCUACACGCUGAUGUUAAUGAUACUGAGAUACCAAGACGUUUUACAAAUCAUAUAGAGUGGAGGUGGUUACAACCUGAAAAUACUCACAUAACCCUUUGGCGUAAGAAGGAGACAUAUCAUAUUAGAUAUCAUUAUGAUAAGAGAUUCAAAGGCAGACUUCAGAUCAACAAUCAGACUGGAUCUUUGACCAUCAGGAACAUCAGAACCACAGACUCUGGGCUUUAUCAAAUGUACAGUCCACCCAGAAGAGAAUCAUUCAGUGUUACUGUAUAUGCUCAUCUUCCCAUUCCUGUCAUCACCAGACACUCUACAUGUUUUUCAUCAUCAGGAUCAUUACAGCAGAAAUGUUCACUGCUGUGUUCAGUGUUGAAUGUGAGUCAUGUGAGUCUCUCCUGGUACAAAGGAAACAGUUUAUUGUCCAACAUCAGUGUGUCUGAUCUCAACAUCAGUCUCUCUCUACCUCUGGAGGUGGAAUAUCAGGAUAAAAACACUUACAGUUGUGUGAUCAACAAUCCCAUCAGCAACCGGACGCAACAUCUGAACAUCAGUGAAGUCUGUCAGACAUGUGCAGGUAUAUCAGACUCUGUUCACUGUUGCGGUUUCACUGAAGCUGUGAUUCGAUUGGUCAUCUCUGCUGUGGUGGGCGUGGCUACUGUUAUCAUAGUGGUUUAUGACAUCAGCUCCAGAAGAGCUGAACACAAGCGGAAAACAUCACAGUCAGUCCCUGAAUAAUGAGCACUAGUAUUACCCUCUUUCCCUUACAUAAAUC